ACAAGGUUCAAACGCUGCUUCUCCCAGUUUUCGAAUAAAGUUUAGUAGAACUAGAUCUAUGUUCGGAAAGCAGCCGGAUCCUUGGCGCAUGCGCAUAUUCUAAAAACCGAUUUGCACAACAGCGAAGCAUCAAAGAUGGCGGGAGCCCCCGACCCGCUGGAGGACAUGCUGUCCACCGAGGUGGACGAGAAGGCGGUUAGCGACCUGGUGGGCUCCCUGGAGUCCCAGCUGGGCGACAGGAAACCCCCCGCUGCUUCUGAUCCGGACGGGAAACGGGACGUGGCGGCGGUUGGCCACCUCUCAGGGAAAGCGGGGUCUUCGGAGCCUCAACAAGGGCACCAAACGGCGGGGUCGACCCGGGAACCGGGCGCCAGCCUGCCUUUAUCCGGGCAGACCGUUUCUUCUUCCGCCGGGACAAUAAGAAACACCGGGGCCGGUCUGCAGGCGGCGGGAGCCCCCCCUCUGAGCGCGUUACCCGGACCGGUAACUCUGAGCAGCCAGCCCGCUGCUAGCUUCCCCCGGGCUGCAGUCCUGGCUCCCAGCCCGGCGGAGACCAUCCGGACCUCCUCUCCCAGCCUGCAGAACCUAAACGGCAGCCCGGUAGCCGCGAAGGUGGAGGGUUCACCUGCUCCCGCUCCACCCGGCGGCUCCCUGGGUUCCCAGCCUGGACCCCCUCAGUCCCCGGCGGGCUCCCCCGCUGUGACCCUGCAGGGCCACCCCAGCCCUGUGAUCAGUACCGCCCAGAACGGUUUGGAGCCAAAGGUUUCCCCCUCUCUGCCAGCGGCUCCGGUCCUGAACCACAGCAACCCUCUGAUGCACACCAAGAUGCUGGUGACCAGCACGCCCGCUCCAGCUGCAGCCCAGGCCUCCAUCAUCCAGACCCAGACCGGCUCUGCGGUCAAAUCAACCGUCAACGGGGUGGCUCAGCCCGGGGUGGCGGUGGUUAGGCCCCCUGGAGGGGCCACUUCCAUCCAGCCUCAGAGAGCCGGGCUGAUAACCGCCACCACCCGGGCUGCUGCUCCUCAGACCACCCUGGCUGUCCGGCCUCAGCAGCAGACCACCAUCCAGCUGCCCCCCGGCUUCACCAUGCCUCCAGGUAUGGUUCUGGUCCGGACUGAGACGGGUCAGCUGGUUCUGGUUCCCCAGCAGGCUCUGGCCCAGGCUCAGGCCAAGCUCCAGCAGGGUCAGACAGUGGUCACCCAGAGACCCACGGCACCGCUGGCAACACCCACCAUCCGGGUCAGCACCGCCACCACGGCACCCGGGGCCCCCCAGACAGUCCGCCUGGCUUCACCCGCUCCGACCAGAAUAGUCCAGUCUCCCACCACCACCUCUGUACAGCCCCUCUCAGUCUCUCCUGCCGGAGCUGUGAAGAUGGCGGCGCCUCAGAAGGCCUCCACGGUGAUCACAGCGGGAGUGACGCCCGCAGCCAAGCAGGCGCCCGUUGCCGGCGCCGUGACGCCCCCUCCCGCCGCGCCGCCCGGCGCCAGGGUGACCGUGGUGUCACAGGAGAUGCAGGAAAACGUGAAGAAGUGCAAGAACUUCCUGUCCACCCUCAUCAAGCUGGCGUCCCACAACUCCCCGUCCCCCGAGACGUCCAAGAAUGUGAAGGCCCUCGUUCAGGACCUGCUGGACGCGAAGAUUGAACCUGAGGAGUUCACGUCUCGUCUGCAGGAUGAGCUGAAGUCCUCCCCGCAGCCCUACCUCAUCCCCUUCCUCAAGAAAAGCCUCCCUGCUCUGCGCCAGACGCUCCUCAACAGCCAGCAGUCUCUGACGACGGCUCCGCCCACCACCUCAGCCCCGCCUCCGGUCGCCCCCGGCUCCGUCACCGCAGCCACCAUCAGGCCGCGGCUUCCCGUCGGUGUCACGGGAACCACGGUCCGCAUGAGCCCGCCUGUCACCAACGCAGCCGUGGCUGUGGGCAGAUCCGCCGUCCAGACCAUCCAGAGCCGCUCUCCUGUGGUCCUCAGUCAGCCGCUCAGACAUCAAGCCACGUUCUUACGAGGGCCGUCCACCAUGGCGGGGAAACCUCCUCUCCAAAUGACAGCUCCGGCCCAUCAGAAGAAGCCAACCGACCCAGGGGGCGGGACCUUCAGAGAUGAUGACGACAUCAAUGACGUGGCGUCGAUGGCAGGGGUCAACCUUAACGAGGAAAACGCCCGUAUCCUAGCAACAAGCUCCGAGCUGGUUGGAACGAAAAUUCGGUCCUGUAAAGACGAAUCCUUCCUGCCACCAGGCCUGCUGCACCGCCGCAUCCUGGACUCAGCCAAGAAGCUUGGAGUGACUGAGGUGCCGCUGGAUGUGGUGAACCUCAUCUCACAUGCCACGGAGUCCAGACUGCGCUCUCUGCUGGAGAAAGCUUCUGUGAUCGCCCAGCACCGCACAGACGGAGCGAAGGAUGAAGGAAACAUGACCUACGAGCAGACGUCGGACGUUCGCUCCCAGCUACGGUUCUUUGAGGCGCUGGAGCGAAUGGAGAAACAGCGGAAAGAUGAGCAGGAGCGGGAGAUACUGCUGAAAGCUGCCAAGAGUCGGGCCCGGCAGGAGGAUCCGGAGCAGGCUCGGCUCAAGCAGAAGGCUAAAGAGAUGCAGCAGCAGGAACUGGCUCAGAUGCGACAGCGAGACGCCAACCUCACGGCCCUUGCCGCCAUCGGGCCGAGAAAAAAACGGAAGCUGGACUCAGGAGGCGGAGCUUCAGGAAGCAGUGAGGUGACAACAGGAUCCGGUUCCAGCUCCUCUGCUUCCUCAUCCCGGCAGCAGCUCCGGCAGCGGAUCACUCGGGUUAACCUCAGGGACUUCAUCCUGUGUCUGGAGCAGGACCGCAGCACGGCUCGCUCCCUGACGCUCUACAAGGCCCUGCUGAAGUGAGAAGCGCCUCCUGCUGGUCCAGCUGUGGUGCUGCUGGUGUUUCCGACUGAGGCUUUGGAUCUUCCAUCAACCCUGCUGGCCCAGUUACAGAGCUCCCCCAAUCAGAGCCG